CCUAUCUAGCUAAAUCAACAGACCUUUCCUAGUGCAGAUUAAACUUAAUUAGGGAUUAGCACAGCUCCCCAGUGUCUUGUUUGGCAGCCCUCAGGCUGGGAGGUGGAGCUCUGCUAGGGCUGGCUUAUGGAGGUCUUCACCGGGAUAGGUUUGGGUGUUUGGGGUUUUAUUUCUCUCUGCCGGUUAGUUCUUCAAAAACUCUUCCCUGGAAAAACAGCCUUGAGAAUGGCAUUUACCCUGUGAACCUUGACAUUUGGAUGUAAGUGAAUCUUUGCAACUGGCCUCUGAGAACGAAAUGAAACAGAGCUGACCCUGCACGGCCGAAGCUAUUGUGAAGAAGAUUCUUUUGACUGUAAAGAUGAGGAGUCUACUUUUUCUGGUGCUGAUUUCUAUCUGCUGGGCUGAACCUCACCCUAACAACUCAAGUCUGGAGCAUGAAGGAAUUAUUCACAUUCAAGAAGAAAAUGGACCCCGUCUACUUGUGGUAGCAGAACAAACUAAAGUCUUCACACACCGGGGUGGCAAUGUCACACUGCCAUGUAAAUUUUAUCAUGAACACACAUCAACAGCUGGCUCAGGAACCCACAAAAUCCGGGUCAAGUGGACCAAACUCACCUCAGAUUACCUCAAAGAAGUGGACGUCUUUGUUGCAAUGGGACAUCACAGAAAGAGCUACGGAAACUACCAGGGCAGAGUGUUUCUGAAGGAAAGCAGCGAGAAUGAUGCCUCUCUUGUAAUCACAGAUAUCAUGCUAGAGGAUUAUGGGAGAUAUAAGUGCGAGGUGAUUGAAGGUUUAGAGGAUGACACAGCAGUGGUGGCUCUGGAUUUAGAAGGUGUGGUAUUCCCGUACUCUCCGCGGCUGGGGCGGUACAACCUGAACUUCCGCGAGGCGCAGCAGGCGUGCCGGGGCCAGGACGCCAUCAUCGCCGCCUUCGACCAGCUCUACGAGGCCUGGCGAGCGGGGCUGGACUGGUGCAACGCCGGCUGGCUCAGCGACGGCUCCGUGCAGUACCCCAUCACCAAGCCCCGCGAGCCCUGCGGCGGCAGGAACACCGUGCCGGGGGUCAGGAAUUACGGCUUCUGGGAUAAGGAAAGAAGCAGAUAUGACGUUUUCUGUUUCACUUCAAACUUCAACGGUCGGUUUUACUACCUAAUACACCCAACCAAGCUGACCUACGACGAAGCUGUUCAGGCUUGCUUGAAGGAUGGGGCACAGAUUGCUAAAGUUGGCCAGAUAUUUGCUGCCUGGAAACUGCUAGGAUAUGACCGCUGUGAUGCUGGCUGGCUGGCUGACGGCAGUGUCCGCUACCCAAUCUCUAGGCCAAGAAAACGCUGCAGUCCUAAUGAAGCAGCAGUUCGCUUUGUAGGCUUCCCUGAUAAAAAGCACAAGCUAUAUGGUGUCUACUGUUUCAGAGCAUACAACUGAAAAUACCUAGAGCACAACAGUUUUAAAUUCAUUAAGAACAUGUGAAAGAUUUCUUUUCGAUAUGAACUCAUGCAAGUUACCAAAACUGUGAUAAACCUUUUUUACUUACUGUAAAGAGUCAUUUUCAUAAACCCAACCCAUUAAUUUUUUUUUCGUUUUAAUAUUUUUGUAAAAGUAUCAUUCCAUAGAUAUUUUAAAUUAAUAUAAUUUAAUGGAAGCUCUAGAUAAGGAAGCUUUAGAGCCAAAUUCUUUAAGCUACAUCAUCCCAACAAAAUAUACUUUUCAUGAAUGGGGCAUGCAAUAGAGCUUGAUGAUUGCUAGGACUCACUUACGGAAUGUAAGGCUACUCAAAGCAGAAGCUUUUACAAGCACAAAUUUUACACAUUUUUACACAUUGAGAUACACUGCAAAUUAAUUACAUCUGCAGUUUUGAAAUAAGAUAAUCUUUUGCUAAUAAGGGUUCAGCGAGGUUUUUCAAAAAAAAUAGAAAGGAAAUGUUUUCGAACGGGAACAAUACACAAUUUAAUAAAAGCAGCAUUUAAAGCAGUCCACAAAAAUGGGAUUCGUUUUACCAUUUAAAAACUUGCCUUUCUGAAAAAUAAGCUUAUGAUCCCAUGCAUAGCAACAAGCACAAUUAGUUCUCCUGAACAUUUCAAUUGUGUUUUUAUUGUCUGUAAAACAUUGAUGAGGGGAUGAAUAAUUAACUAAAGAGAAAACCCUAUUUUCUUCUUAACUCAAAUUAAAGAUGCCUAAGAAGUGUUGUAUUACCUUUGAGUAGCUUUACUGAGUUAUUUUUAAAUUCUUAAAGGCCAUUUGCUAAGCAGCAUAUCGCAUCUACUCAGGGCAGUUGUAUAAAUGAACUGCUGGACAGAAAAACUGCAAACUUUAGCAGCUUGAUUUUACAUUAGCCUUUGAAAUGUUAUUGUCUUAAUGAAAGAACAUUAGAAUAUUUAAUAUUUCUUUCAUACUUACACAUCACAAGAAUAAACAUUGGGAAAAACAUUAAAAUGAUAAAGUCUUAAAACAAGAUUAUUAAAUAAAAACUAGAAACCAGCUAUUAAUGUUUAGAGGAGAAAAAACACUUUCUUUCCUCGCUUACAUCUCAUUUGCAUCUAGAAGAAUUAUUUAGUUAAAACACUUUCACAGAAAAAUUACUGAAAUUCUUCAUUUCAUUAAUUCCACAAUGGUCUAGGUGGAAUAUGUUUACCUGUAUCUGCCAGUGUCAGAGAUAAACAUGCACUGUGCACAGUGCCUAGGAUUUUCAGAGCUGCCUAAAGCACUAAGUCCUCCCUAAAGGCCAAACUGAGGGAAUUUGGAUUUCUGAUGCAAACUUAUUUUGGAUGCAGCAGUUCUCGGUGCUCAUCUUCAGAUACCUUAAUGCAACCAGUUUUAAAAGAGUGGGUGCUCAAGGCUUUCUGAAAAUUUACUCCACUUAUGGUGUCUCAAGCUGGAUAUCCAAAAAAUAAAUAAAUAAAAAGAGGCCACUGAUUAAAAACAUCUUGGUCUUGAGAAAUCUCUUAGGCAGUUUUGAAAUUCCCUCUCCAGUAUUGGUUCUACCACUUAAAAACAUAGAACUUUUUUCCUACUCUAUGCUUACUGACUAUGAAGACUUUGGAGGACCAAUAUUUGUAUUACACAAAGUUUUAUAGCUUCCCAUUGUUUCCAUAUCUAAAUGAGACAUAGGGGUAUUAUCCAAGUAGGGCACAACUGGUAUGCUUUCAUGAAUGGUUUUGUGUAGUUAAUUUCCCAUGGACAUGAGUAAAUAAACCUCCUUCCCAAAAUGGUUGUGGUCCUAUUGUAAAAACUCUGUGAAUAAACCACGGAGAAUACUUGAGAGGAUCGUAACAGAAAGCCACCCUAGCGCAGGAGGUAUUGCACUGGAGUUCAUUCGCAUCAAGCUCAGAAGCAAAACUCCAUCCUACUGAGUCACUGUCAAUAUGGAUAUUUUCUUAUACUAUAUAGAUGAAGCAAUGCCGGUGCCAAAACUCCCUUUUAAAAAAUUCACUAGGAGUCAGGUUUUCUUGAAAGUCUUUCACUUAGUUAUAAAAAAGACACAUCAUAGACCAAGCCCCCGAGCCCAUAUAAGCUUUCCUCAUCAGUCAUUUUUUAAACCAAUGUUCACUUCAGACAUUUUCCUGGACCACUCAGAAUCUUUUCCAAACACUUCAGGGAGAGGAAAAAAAAAAAAAAAAAAAAAAAAAAAAACGCAGGAGGGGUAAGAGAACUGGAGAAUAUUUGUGCUGGAGAAGGACAGGAUAUAAAAGACUGUACUGCAACCAAGAGGAAUACAUAUUGCUCCUCCAUCCAAUCCUUGGAAAAACAGAAAAAGUAUUUCCUAAUCUCCUCUGUUGCAUGGGCAGGGAGGCAGUGAUAUGGAAAAAGCCAUAGGAAUACCCCAGAGGAGUUGCCACCCCUGUUAGAUCCUGACAUUCUGUAAAGAGGGAAAGCCUUUAUACAGCUGCCUCUCUCCUCCCCAACAUCUGCUACAUCUGGAGGAGACUGCACCACUUUCCUGUUGCACAGUGGUAGGCAGACACACACGCAGAUUUUUUUCCCCCUCCCUUCAAGAAAACUUCACAGGGUUUCACCCAGACACAUCUGCAGGACUGAGAACUCCAGUGUGCCAAAAAUGUAGACAUCCAACCCGUGCUCAGGGCUGCUAGACUGCAGGUGUUGCGGGAAAAGGUAAAUUUGGUCUCUCGCAAACCUUAUGACGUUCUAGAGACGGCUGGUCACGUCCUGGACCGCAGCAAUCCCAGGCUCGCUCUAGUUCGGACAGGCGCACGGCCCCAGCCGUGUGCCCACGCUGGGCGUCACCAGCCCCGCAGGUUGGGGCUGCGCAGGCUCCUCGCCACCCAGCCUGACCCCUCAGCUCUGGGGAACCCCCAGCAGCCAGGCCUUCCCACCUCGCAGCACGAGGAGGCCACAGCACAGCGCAGAACCAGGCCGCUAGAGCCACCCUGAACUGUAAUGUGGUCACAAGCGGCCAAAUUCAUCACUCAGUUACACCUACAAACUCACACCGAAGAUAUUGCUUACUCGCAAUCAGGUGUUCAUGUGACAGAGUCUCAGGAUGUGAAUUUCCAUUUGUCGUGUUACUUCCGAAAAGUCCAGCAGUCCAAUCUGGGAACAGGCUAGUUUUAGAUCCCUGUAUAGAUAUACGAUAUUAUCUAUUAUUAUAACAGAUAAAGUUAAUGGGACAGUUUGAUGAAAAUAUGUUUGUAUGAAAAAAAAUUAGCUCUAAUGGAAGCAGGUUUUUAAAAAAGUGUAUGAUUAUUUGAGAAAUGGGCACAAAUAGACAAAAAGACAUGAAUUUUAUUUAUUUUUACAGUUACUGACUCCACUUCCUUUUAUAAUGUCAAAGGUCAAGAUGUUUCCUAAUUUUUGAAUAAGCUAGCUAGGUGCUUGGAUAAAAACCUUAAAAAGCAGCUUAAGAACUGGAUAAAAGUCUGUGCUAUAUUCUGUUCUUUGGAAAAAAUUCUAUCAUUAGAGUCAAUUCAUGUGCUCUGUCAUUACCUUGUAUUUCACAAUGUAUCUGAAUUUUAAUGCCCGUGAAUGACAAUAAAUCAUGUUGUUCUUUUCAGUAUGAUGA